UAUAGCGAACCAAAUAACAAGUGAUGGUAAGCAAAAACAAAAUAUAGUCUACAUUUGUUACUAUGACUUGUUGGCUAGGUAACAAAUCGUGGUAACAAUGCGAAGCGCGGUAACAAACGAGCGCGCAGCUUAUUAUUUCAAUACAUUAUAACGAUAGACCUGUUCGGAUCUGCUCGAACAUAACAUUGUACUGUAUUGAAUUAGUAAACCCAAAACUAGCGAAACUAGGAGCAAAAUGAGUAGUAGGAAAGGUACGAAAACAAAUAUUUCUCGCGCGUGUCGGAGUUCAGUGACCAAAAAAAGAAAAUUUAGGGGCAAUCAGUAUGCUGAGAAAAUGAGUGAAAAUUUAAUAAGUGCAACAGCAGCAAAGUUGCGAAGAACUGGUGACAUGGAAAUUCCGCUUGAUAUACAACAUGGUUAUUGUAUAUUAAAUUUUUACACUGCUUUUGCUGCAAUCAGUGCUUCUGUUAUUUGCAAGACCUGUAAAAACGAAGUUCAUUUUACUAAAACCAGCUCUCGCGGGUUAGGUUUCAAAAUCAAAUUGCAAUGUACGUGCGGUUUCCAGUAUAUAAACUCUUCUCCGUUUAUCGAUAAAGCAUUUGAAGUCAAUCGUCUGAUUAUAGUGGCAAUGCGAUUGUUAGGAAUUGGCAGAGAAGGAGUGAAUUUAUUUUGCGGGAUAAUGGAUAUCGGACUUGGACUUUCAACAUCGUGUUAUUCUUCUGUGAUGAAAAAGUUUCAUUCCGCGUCUGCAGCUGUGUACAAUUGCGUGCUGCAAAGAGCCAUGGAUGAGGAGAAAGAAAUGACUCUUGAAACAGAAUCUUCAUCAUCGAAUCUAACAGUGUCAGGGGAUGGGACUUGGAAAAAAAGAGGUUUUAGUUCACGAUUUGGUGUGACUACUUUAAUCGGUAAAUACAGCAAGAAAGUGCUAGAUGCUGUGAUCAAAUCAAGCUUUUGCCAAGCUUGUGCCUUAUCGAAAAGCAAAAUGGCUACUGAGGAAUUCGAUAUUUGGUUUGAAAAUCACAAAGAAAAAUGUAGUAAUAACCACCAUGGCAGUGCGGGUAAGAUGGAAGUCGACGCGGCAGUAGAAAUGUUUUUUCGAUCGGUGGAAAAAUAUGGUGUAAAAUAUACUCGAUACAUCGGCGAUGGAGAUUGCAAAACAUAUAAAGCAAUUGUAGACGCGUGCCCUUACGGCGAAGAUACAAUUGUAGAAAAAAAAGAGUGUAUUGGGCAUGUUGCAAAAAGAAUGGGGGCAAGAUUACGCAGCGUGAAAAAGCAGAGUAAAGGCAUAGGUGGGAAAGGCAAAGGAAAAUUGACUGACAAGGUUAUCGGUGAUUUGACAAUUUACUAUGGUUUGGCUAUUAGAAGACAUUGUCACUCGAUCGAAGAAAUGAAGAAGGCUGUAUGGUCAACAUUCUAUCAUUACGCUUCGAGUGACGAAAAUCCUCAGCACACAUAUUGCCCUCCGGGACCUUCAAGCUGGUGUAAGUGGCGUAACGCAGAGACUGCUGGAUCGCUCGAGGAAUUUAGUCAUGAUAAACCACCUCUUUGUGAUGAAGUUUUAAAAGCUAUAAAACCUGUAUAUGAAAAUCUUUCAUCACAGGAUUUGUUAGAGCGGUGCUUAGGAGCGGAGACGCAAAAUAAUAAUGAAUCUCUAAAUUCAUUGAUUUGGACUUUUGCUCCUAAACAUAUUCACUCUGGAACCGCUACGGUUGAAAUCGCCACUUUUUUGGCUGCCUGCAUUUUUAACGAAGGGUUUUCAAGCAUAUUAAAAAUAUUAGACACGAUGGGUGUCAAAAUCGGACAGCAAGCAAAGACAUAUGCAAUGUUACGCGACCAAAAUAGAAUUGACCGUUCCGAAAGACGAGCGUCAGCCGCUUCAAAAAAAGCUAGGACUGCUAGAAGAGAAGCACUGUCUGACAAAAAUCAAUUUCACGAGACAGAGGAAGGAGCCAUUUAUGGAUCCGGGUUGGCUGAUUAAUUAGUAAGAAUCAAUAAUUUCAUUCAAACCUCAUCAAACAGUACGAAAACUUUAAACGUGGUUUUCUCAAAACGAUGUUUUACAAAUUGGCAACCACGAUAUCUCAGAAACCAAUUGGCCGAUUGAGCUCAAAUUUAGUAUACACCUUCAGUAGACUGUUUUCUGACGUUGGUAGCACAAUUGAGCCAAAAUGUUUUUGUUGUGUUUUCUUUUAACUUGUAGAAGAGACAAAAACAUAGGAAAAAUCGAUAUUACAGUUUAGCAUACCGCCAUUUUGUAAAGAAGUAUUUUUCCUGCCCGUAUCUGGUACCAACCAUCACAACACCCGUAUAAAUUAAGAAUAUGUUUGGUUUAUUUUUUUUAGAUGUAUACAACGUCCACAACAUUGGUUGCUAAUUACAGGUCUUUCCCGCGCACCAUCGUA